UCAGCUCCCAUUUCCAAAACUAAAAAGACUCACCCCGAAGACCCAAACAAACGCUCAAGAGCCAAACAGCCCCUCCACCCACCCCAAAGAGAUUGCAUUUGCCCGAAACUCGGACCUUGCAACCGGAGAACCCGGCCGAUCUGGCUCCGACAUGGCGGCUCUCGCGGCGUUGGCGGCUGCGGAGGCGCGGGGCGGGGCGUGGGACAGCAUCCUGGACAUGAUGAAGGUGGCCCAGGAGAAGGGCUGCGACCCCCUGCUCUGGGCCGUGCAGCUCACUUCCAGCUUGAACCGGGCGGGCGUCAGCCUCCCCUCGCCGGAGUUCGCUGACGUCCUCGUCUCUUACAUUUGCUGGGACAACAACGUCCCCAUCCUGUGGAAGUUCCUGGACAGAGCUCUGGCCGUGAAGAUCGCGCCGCCUCUGCUCGUGAUUGCUCUGCUCUCCACAAGAGUAGUUCCGGUCAGGCAAUCCCGACCAGCAGCGUAUAGACUCUAUAUGGAGCUGCUGAAAAGACAUGCUUUUGCCCUUAAAUCUCAGAUAGAUGGAUCGAAUUAUCACAAGGUUACAGAAUCAAUAGAUACUGUUCUUCACCUUUCUGAGAAAUUCAGUUUAGCAGAAAGAGAUGCUGGGACUAUUGUGGUCGAGUUUAUCUUCUCUAUCGUCUGGCAGUUACUUGAUGCUUCAUUAGAUGAUGAAGGAAUUUUGGAACUAACUCCAGAAAAGAGCUCCAUGUGGGGAGUCAAACCCCAGGACAUGGAAAUCGACAGUUUUGAAGGUUUUGAAGAAAAAUGGACCGAAGGUCAAGGGAGAUUGCAGAGUGCAAAUACCACUAUGGCGAUUGAGUUGAUCGGACUAUUUUUACAGGAUAAAGUAACUUCCAGAAUUCUUUACUUGGCACGCCGAAACUUGCCCACCCAAUGGGCAGCUUUCACUCAAAGACUGAAGGUGCUCGGAACAAACUCGGCGGCACUUAGAAAUUCAAAAAUCGUUUCUCACGAUGCAUUUCAGCAGUUAACUUCAGAUGCUCGAAUAGUCUUGUCUCGAGAAAUGAAAACGAGUUCGCACCAGAAGUUUCAUGCAGUUAUGGCUUUUGGAGCCCUCUCUUCUGCCAAUUUUUCAGAUGUGUGGCUCCCUCUGGACAUUGUAUUGGAAGAUUCCAUGGAUGCGUAUCAAGUAAAUGCUGCCAGUGCUAUUGAAAUCAUCACCGGUUUAGUUAAGACGCUUCAAGCAAUUAAUGGGACUACGUGGCAUGAUACCUUCUUGAGUCUUUGGAUUUCAGCUCUUCGCCUUGUUCAGAGGGAGAGAGAUCCUAUUGAGGGUCCGAUGCCUCGUUUAGACACUCGUUUAUGCAUGUUGCUCUCCAUCACACCCCUUGUGAUUGCCAAUCUUAUCGAGGAAGAGGAAACUGCGUUAUCUGAAGCAGCAGAUUGUGGGUCUCCCAAUCCUAUGAGAGAAAACACAGGUGAAGGGAAUCGCCGCAAUGAUCUCAUGUCAAGCUUGCAGAUGUUGGGUGAUUUUCAGGGACUUCUUACUCCGCCACGGUCCAUUGUUUCUGCGGCCAAUCAGGCUGCUGCUAAGGCAAUGCUGUUUCUUUCGGGCAUAAAUGUCGGGAGUUCAUAUUUUGAGUGUGUCAACGUGAAAGAUAUGCCCCUAAAUUGCUCUGGAAACAUGCGCCACCUGAUUGUUGAAGCUUGCAUUGCAAGAAAUCUACUGGACACCUCGGCAUAUUUCUGGCCUGGAUAUGUAAAUGGACACAUAAACCAAAUGCCUCCUAACUUUCCCACCCAAGUGCCGAGUUGGUCUUCCUUCAUGAAAGGGGCCCCACUUACCCCAGCACUGAUAAAUGCUUUGGUUUCAAGUCCAGCAUCAAGUUUAGCAGAGCUUGAGAAAGUAUUCGAGAUUGCAGUCAAAGGAUCCGAGGAAGAGAAGAUAUCGGCUGCUACAAUUCUUUGUGGAGCUUCUCUUCUCCAGGGUUGGAGUGUACAAGAACACACUGUUGAUUUUAUUACGAGACUGCUUUCUCCUCCCAAACCAGCUGAUUAUACCGGAGAUGAUAGCUAUUUGAUUGCGCAUGCUCCAAUGCUGAAUGUACUGAUCGUUGGAAUAGGAUCGGUGGAUUGUGUUCAGGUUUUCUCAUUGCAUGGUUUGGUUCCUCAGCUUGCAUGCUCACUGAUGUCCAUUUGUGAGGUUUUCGGAUCUUGUGUGCCCAAUAGCUCAUGGACCCUAAGAACAGGAGAAGAAAUCUCCGCACAUGCCGUGUUCUCGAAUGCAUUCACACUCCUCCUAAAGCUGUGGAGAUUCAACCACCCUCCUAUUGAACAUGGAGUCGGAGAUGUCCCAACUGUUGGGUCCCAGCUUACACCUGAGUACCUCCUCUAUGUUCGUAACUCCCACCUCGUAUCCUCUGGAAGUGUUCAUAGAGAUCAAAACAAGAGGAGACUCUCAGCAGUUGCAUCCUCGUCAUCUCAGAAUCCUGUGUUUGUUGAUUCUUUCCCGAAACUGAAAGUAUGGUACCGCCAACAUCAGGCCUGUAUAGCUUCCACACUUUCUGGUCUUGUUCCAGGAACCCCAGUCCAUCAGAUCGUCGAUGGGCUCUUGACUAUGAUGUUCCGGAAAAUCAAUGAAGGGGGACAAUCAUUGAUUUCGGUUAAUUCAGGGAGCAGUAGCUCGUCGGGAACCCGGAACGAGGAUUCGACGCUGAGACCAAAAUUGCCAGCAUGGGAUAUAUUGGAGGCUGUGCCUUAUGUGGUGGAUGCUGCUCUAACUGCUUGUGCUCAUGGCCGGCUUUCUCCCCGUGAAUUGGCUACAGGGCUCAAAGAUUUGGCCGAUUUUCUCCCAGCAUGUUUAGCAACCAUAGUGAGCUACUUCUCAGCCGAAGUGAGCCGGAGCAUCUGGAAGCCAGUUUUUAUGAAUGGAACAGACUGGCCGAGCCCUGCUGCAAACCUUGCCAAUGUUGAGGAACAAAUUAAGAAAAUUCUUGCGACCACUGGAGUUAACGUACCAAGCCUAUCUACAGGGGAAAGCUCAGAGGCCACUCUUCCACUGCCUCUGGCCGCAUUUGUGAGCCUCACCAUAACAUAUAAGAUCGAUAAGGCAUCGCAGCGGUUCCUCAAUCUGGCAGGGCCUGCCCUGGAGUCCCUUGCUGCUGGUUGCCCAUGGCCCUGCAUGCCAAUUGUGGCAUCUCUGUGGACCCAGAAGGCCAGGCGUUGGAGUGACUUCCUCAUCUUCUCUGCAUCCCGCACGGUCUUCCUCCAAAACAGCGACGCCAUCGUCCAGCUCCUCAAGAGCUGCUUCACCUCCACCCUCGGCCUUAGUUCCUCUCCCUUGUCGAGCAAUGGUGGGGUUGGGGCCCUGCUGGGGCAUGGGUUUGGGUCCCACUUCUGCGGUGGGAUAUCCCCAGUUGCACCCGGGAUUCUCUACUUGCGAGUCUACAGAUCCAUUCGGGAUAUUGUGUUCAUCACCGAGGAGAUCGUCUCCCUCCUGAUGCACUCGGUGAGGGAGAUCUCGUGUAUCGACCUUUCUAGGGAGAAGAAAGUAACUGAUAGAACGAAGAGGUAUGGGCGAGUUUCUCUAACCAGUGCAAUGACUCGGGUCAAACUUGCAGCCUCUCUUGCAGCCUCCCUGGUGUGGCUCUCCGGUGGCUUGUGCCUUGUGCAGUCUCUGAUAAUGGAAACCCUCCCCUCAUGGUUUAUCUCCAUCCACCGCUCUGAGAAGGAGAAGGGCUCAUCAGAAGGGAUGGUGGCAAUGCUCCGGGGGUAUGCUCUGGCUUACUUCACGGUGCUCUGCGGGGCCUUCACUUGGGGGGUAGAUUCGUCCUCAUCUGCUUCAAGGAGACGGCCGAGGAUCCUCGGGACCCACAUGGAGUUCCUUGCAAGUGUUCUUGAUGGCAAGAUAUCACUGGGGUGUGAUUGGUCCACAUGGCAGGCCUAUGUGUCUGGGUUCGUGAUCCUGAUGGUGGGCUGCACGCCUAACUGGGUGUUGGAGGUCGAUGUUGAUGUGCUUAAGAGGCUGAGUAGAGGCCUCAGGCAGUGGAAUGAGGAUGAGCUCGCCCUUGCUCUGCUCGGGGUGGGCGGGUACAGGACGAUGGGAGCAGCCUCUGAGUUGAUAAUACGGGACGAGGUUUAGAUUUUUGUUUUCCUGAAUACUGAUGCGUUUUGUCUGUAAUUUUCGAGUUACUAAUAGAUGUAUUUUGUAGGAUAUAGUUGUAGUCCCAACUUAGAGAAGCUGUGUUAGAAUAAAAGCUGUUGCAUUUUGUUCCUAUUUUUCUUAGCGAGGAAAUGUUUCAUAGAAUGUCUGUAUAGUAACGUUGUUGCUGUGUAAUAGAAGUUCUGACAUGACAUCGGAAAAGUACUUCCCAAUGAUACAAUAUGGGUUCUCCAAUUCUAA